AUGGCUGAAGGUUCGAAACAAAAGGGUGCUAAUUACGCCGACGAUGAAGACAUAGCUCUCUGUCAAGCUUGGAUUGUCAUGAAUGAGGAUCCAAUUAUUGAAAAUUCACAAUCAAAGCAAGGAAGUGAGGACAACAAAGAGCUUGAAAUCUCGUUGCACGAACAUCAGCGCUUUGUGCACCAAAUUCUCAUACUACAAGAUGCAAAACGGAUGUAUUUUGAGAGGGAACAAAAAGCAUUCCUCCUUGACCACUAUUGGAAUGUUGUCUUGCAAGCCCAUAAGUGGCAACCAUUUGAAGGAUACCAAUCCUCCUCCUUUGUGAACACGUCUCCAAUAGGUGUCUCAACUCCUCUAGACGAAGAUUUGUCAAUGGAGACCAUUCCGAAAACUCAAGAGUUCAUGCAAACCUCGAACCCAUGCUAA